AUGGCUCCUCCCGGCUUGAGGAGCAUCCUUGUCGGAGCUGUAGCCACCUUGCCCGUUCUCGCCAUGGGCUUUCUGAACGCGAGCUACUCACCGUCUGACAUGAUGCGGGCGGAGGCGGCCUUGCUCGACAUUCGCCCCGAUGGAUGCCCUCCAUGCUUCAACUGUCUCCUUCCGGCCCAUACCUGCGCCCAGUACGCCGGCUGCAACGAGUUCAACGGCAAAUGCGAUUGUCCCGAGGGAUUUGGUGGCGAUGACUGUCUCCAACCACUAUGCGGAUCUCUCGCCCGUGGCAAGGACCGUCCGAUGCGCGGCAAGGGAAAUUGUAAUUGUGAUGAAGGCUGGGACGGAAUCAACUGCAACGUCUGCACCAGCGACAAGGCCUGCGACGCAUUGAUGGAGGCGGGUGAAGGUGGCGUCUGCUACCAAAAUGGCGAGGUCGUCAAUCACAACUACCAAAUGUGCGCUGUUACCAACGAGAAGAUCACAGGGUUGCUUGGAAAGCAGCGUCCCGAGGUGACGUUUACCUGCACGGAGGAAGAUUCCGCCUGCGAUUUCCAAUUUUGGGUCGAUGCCGUCGAGUCGUUUUACUGCCACUUGUCCGAAUGCGAAUCGGGUGCCGAGUUCCACGAGUCCAAGAACACUACGGCGUACAAAUGCGACAAAAUCAAGUGUAGUUGCAUACCUGACCGCAUGCUAUGUGGAAAGGACGGAUCCAUUGACUUGACCGAUUUCCUCGACGAAGCCAUCAAAGGCCCCGGUCGGUUUGAGUGCACCCAGAAGAACGGCGGUGCUCACGAUUGUGCAUUUAGAGAACCGGAGAUGGACGCCCUCAUUCUCGCCUUGAUUGGCGACUCGAGCAUUCUCCUUGACUGUAAUGCUGGCGAAUGUCUCUACAAGACAGAGGUCCCAGGAUACCACCGCCCCGUGAAGAAGAUCAAUACGCCACUCAUUGCCGGCGUUAUUGCUGGUUGCUCUCUCUUCCUCGUUGCUGUCAUCAUAAUUACCUGGUACUUGUCUCGACGCAAGCUGGACUAUGGCGCAAUUCAUCUGGACGAGUCCGACGACGAGAGCACCAAGCUCAUGGCCGAUCACAAGCCCGCGGGAUUGUACUUUGAAAACGUUGCGUACUCGCUCAACGGAAAGCAGAUCCUGACAGGAAUCCAAGGCAUCUCCAACCCUGGAGAGGUGACCGCCAUCAUGGGUGCCUCUGGCGCAGGCAAGACAACCUUCCUGGAUAUUUUGGCCCGCAAGAAUAAGCGUGGACAAGUCAACGGAGACUUUUAUGUCAAUGGCGAGAAGGUUACGGAUUCUGACUACAAGAAUGUUGUUGGAUUCGUCGACCAAGAGGAUACUAUGCUGCCGACAUUGACCGUUCAUGAGACAAUUCUGAACAGCGCCCUACUGCGACUUCCUCGCGACAUGGGUCGUGCUGCAAAGGAACAGCGUGUUCUCGAAGUCGAGAAAGAGCUAGGCAUUCAUCACAUCCGUGACUCCUUGAUUGGUUCCGAAGAAGGAAAGGGCCGUGGUAUCUCUGGAGGCGAGAAGAGACGUGUGGGAAUUGCUUGCGAACUCGUGACAAGUCCCUCCAUCCUGUUCCUGGAUGAGCCCACCAGCGGUCUGGACGCCUACAAUGCUUACAACGUCAUCGAAUGCCUGGUAACCCUCGCCAAGAACUACCAGCGAACCGUCAUCUUCACUAUCCACCAGCCGCGAUCCAACAUUGUCGCCCUCUUCGACAGAUUGAUUCUCCUGGCCCAAGGAAGAACAGUCUAUUCAGGUCCCUUUAACCAAUGUCAAGCAUACUUUGACCAGAUCGGCUACGAAUGCCCCCCUGGAUUCAACAUUGCGGACUAUCUCGUUGAUCUCACCAUGCACGCUGGAAGUAGCCAAUCUGUUGAUGACGGAACAAUCGUGCCUGAUACCGGGAGUGUUGGACCUAGCAGCACCAGAGCAAUCAAGUCGAUUGCAAGCAUUUCUGGUACCAGUACGGGAGAGGAGAGUGAUCCAACUUCAAGCCGUCCCCGAACUUGGCGACGGGACUCGGUCAAGAUUCGCCAGGACCGCGAGCUCUUCACACGCAGAAAGAACCCAGCGGAUAUCACUGUCCUGUCAGACGCCGGUGGCGAAGACCCCAGCUCUUACCCCCUUCAGCAGAACCCUGCAGACUCCUUGACCACUCCCCUUCUCGAUGACCCCCACGACCUCCCCCCCGCGGCUUCGACUGGAACCGAUCUAGAUAUUAUGACACGAUCUUUUGCUCAGUCGGAGAUUGCAACAUCGACUCGCGAGGAGAUCAAACAAGUCAUUGCCGCUGCAGAGAAUGCCAACGGGCCGAACUCUAAUGGCUACGGUGAUGGGAACAUAAACAUCAGCGCCGUUGGAAAAGGUUAUGCUCGCGUUGGUUACCUGCGUCAGUUUAUCAUCCUGUCCCAGAGGACUUGGAAGAACCUCUACCGAAACCCGAUGUUGAUGCUCACGCACUAUGCCAUUGCAAUCAUUCUGGCCGUGUUUUCGGGAUACCUUUUCUACGGCCUUACGGACGAUAUCCCCGGCUUCCAGAACCGCCUUGGUCUAUUCUUCUUCCUCCUCGCUCUGUUCGGCUUCAGCACACUUACCAGCCUCACUGUCUUUGCCACAGAGCGCCUUUUGUUCGUCCGCGAACGUGCCAAUGGGUACUAUUCGCCGGCUACAUACUUCGCCGCGAAGGUCCUGUUUGAUAUUGUUCCUCUUCGGAUCAUCCCGCCAAUUCUCAUGGGCUCUAUUAUUUACCCCAUGACCGGACUUGUGGCAGACUCGACGCACUUCCUCAACUUUAUCACGGUUCUCGUUCUAUUCAAUAUGGCUGCAGCUGCCGUGUGUCUGUUCAUUGGCAUCGUCUGUAAGGAUGGCGGCGUAGCAAAUCUGAUUGGAAGCUUGGUGAUGCUCUUCAGUCUAUUGUUCGCCGGAUUCCUCCUGAACCACGACGCCACCCCGAAGGGCGCUCUCUGGCUCCAAACGCUAUCAAUCUUCCACUAUGGCUUCGAGUCACUUAUUGUGAACGAGGUGCUCCAGCUUACCCUGGUUGAUAGCAAGUAUGGACUGGACAUCAUUGUCCCUGGUGCGGCUAUUCUGAGCUCAUUCGGCUUCAACAAUGAUGCCCUUUGGUCGGAUAUCCGAAACCUUGGCGUAUUCGCCGCAGUUUUCAUCGUCUUGUCCUACGCAGCGAUGCACAUUCUACUUGUCGAGAAGCGAUAG